GGUCUAACCUGUGGGGACCCUAUUAGACAGCCACGGAUGGGAGAGAAGAGGGAGGGAAGCAGCUCGGUGGCCUCAAGGCAGCGGCUGCUUCACGGCGCGCAAGGAACCGGCACGUAAUCCGCUCACCUCCGCAGGGAGCCGAGCCGUUGGUGAACAGGCGACCGUGUCCGGCUCCCGUUCUUCCUUCCCAGUCCCGGCCUUCCUUUCUGGGUCCCGGGCGCAUGCGCAAAAGGAGCAGGGAAGCGGCAGCAUGGCUUCCCGGCCUAAGCGGAGGAAAGAGGACGGGCUGCCGGAGGCCCGGGAGGAGGGCGCUGGUGGAGAGGACUCCGAGCUGGAGGAGGAGGAGGAGGACGACGACGACGACGAAACAGAAGAAGAAGAGCUGAACGAGGAAGUGAAUGUUGAAUUUGAAGCACAUUCAAUAUCAGAUAAUGAUUAUAAUGGAAUAAAAAAAUUACUACAACAGCUUUUUCUAAAGGCAACUGUUAAUACAGCUGAGCUGACUGAUAUAUUGAUACAGCAAAAUCACAUUGGGAGUGUUAUCAAGCAAGCUGAAGUUUCAGAAGGGAGUGAUGAUGAAGAUGACAUUGAUGAGGUUUUUGGCUUUAUAAGCCUCUUAAACUUAACUGAAAGAAAGGGUACCCAGUGUGCUGAACAAAUUAAAGAGCUGAUUUUAAACCAGUGUGAGAAGAACUGUGAACAGAGUAUGGUUGAACAGCUGGAUAAGCUCCUAAGUGACACCACCAAGCCUGUAGGCUUCCUGCUGAGUGAAAGAUUCAUUAACGUACCACCCCAGAUUGCUCUGCCCAUGCACCAGCAAUUGCAGAAAGAACUGACAGAAGCACAAAGGACGAACAAACCAUGUGGAAAAUGCUAUUUCUAUCUUCUUGUUAGCAAAACCUUUUCGGAUGCAAAGAGUAAUGCUAGAAAAAAGGGAAGUAGUGCACAACAGAAAGAAGAACUUAUGUUUUCGAAUGCUGAGGAAGAAUUCUUUUAUGAAAAAUCACUUCUGAAGUUCAGUUACUCCGUACAAGAGGAGAGUGACAUGUGUUUGGGAGGCAGAUGGUCUUUUGGAGACACACCCAUGAAGCCUUUGAGAACUGUGAUGGUAAUCCCUGCUGACAAGAUGAACAGCAUCAUGGAUAAACUCAAAGAAUAUCUUUCUGUCUGAACCACUGUCUGCUAACUAUAGCUUUGUGAAGUCAUCCUGCAAAAGUUCUUUGACUUUUUUCUAGGAUAUCAGUUCUGUGUCCUUUCAGUAUUUCCUUCAUACUGUACAUGUCAGCCAUGCUGUUAUAAUUCUUACAUGCCAUUAAUGAAAUGACAUUCAAAAUAUUUGAUUACAAUUGCAGCACAGUCAUUAAAGAAUUGAUUAAUACUGUU